AUGGAGGAGCAGAACCCCAGUCCCCAGAGUCCCAAUGAGAGGCACCAGCUGAGAGAUGGCGAGAGAGGCCAACAGGAGGAUGGCACCAGGCACACCAGCACCCUGCCCGGGCAGCUGCUUCCAUCCCACACCUCCUCCUCCUCCUCCCGCCCGCAGCUGUGGCAGCCUCCGGGCAGCAAGGGCCGCUCGCAGACCCGGUCCGUGCCCCGGCUGACACCAUCCCGGGGCUCCCAAGGCCAGUCCCUGCACCAGUUGACAUUGCCCCGCAGCACCCAGAGCACCCGGGCCCGGUCUGUGCCCCGGCUGACACCAUCCAGGAGCUCCCAGAGCACCCAGGCCCGGUCUGUGCCCCGACUGACACCAUCCAGGAGCUCCCAGAGCACCCAGGCCCGGUCUGUGCCCCGACUGACACCGUCCAGGAGCUCCCAGAACACCCAGGCCCGGUCUGUGCCCCGACUGACACCGUCCAGGAGCUCCCAGGACACCCAGGCCUGGUCUGUGCCCCGGCUGACACCGUCCCGGAGCUCCCAGGACACCCAGGCCCGGUCUGUGCCCCGGCUGACACCGUCCAGGAGCUCCCAGGACACCCAGGCCCGGUCUGUGCCCCGGCUGACACCGUCCCGGAGCUCCCAGGCCCGGUCCGUGUCCCGGCUGACAUCACCCUGCAGCUCCCAGGGCACACAGGACACCCAGGACCAGUCCCUGUCUUGGCUGACACCAUCCCGGAGCUCCCAGGACACCCAGGACCAGGACCGGUCCCUGUCGUGGCUGACACUGUCCCACAGUUCCCAGGCCCGGUCCGUGUCCCGGCUGACAUCACCCUGCAGCUCCCAGGCCCGGUCCGUGUCCUGGCUGACACCGUCCCGCAGCACCCUGAGCUCGGUGGGCACUGAGAGCCGUCUGAGCCCGGACGAGGAGGGCCGGGAACAAGGCGUGCAGGGCCGCAGGUCCCGCCCUGCUGGCUCCUCGAAGGCGGCCACGCCGGCCCAGCAGCGGCCUGUGAGACGCCAGCGGGCCUGCAGCGGCCCGGCCUCCACAGGGAAAUCAACUCCUGGCCCACGGAGACAGGCCUCUCGCCGUGUGGAGAGGGAAACCCAGACUGAGGCACAAGAGGCGGAUUCAGCUGUUCAAUACGCUGAGCAGGAGACACAGACAGAUACUACAGCAGAAGAGGAGAGAAAUUCAGCUGCUUCCCUCAUGGCUGACUGGCAGACAAAGAUUGAGACUCCAACAAAAGAGAAAUCAGCUUCUCCUCAAAUCGCUGACAAGGGGACGCAGACCAAGGCCCACAGCUCUGCCCUCUCCGCAGGCACUGAUGCCCCGGCUCACCAGCAGCCACCCUCCGUGUCGGGCAGGGCAUUCUGGCGCUCCUGCAUGGCUGGACAGCCUGGUGGUGCCAGUGCCCUGCAGGAUGCCAGGGCCGGCCGCUGCUCCCGGCAGCCACCACGUCCUGAGCACGGCACACCCGAGAAGUGGGGAUGGACGGCACUGCCGCCCUACUGUUGGCCAUGGCUCAUUGAGAUGAACCAGUUUUAA